CAGCCCCUCACUUUGCCACCACAACUUCAGCCAUAGCCUCAAGCAACUCGCCAUGUCCAGCAAGAAGCUCGUUUGUGUUGUCGGCGCUACGGGGAAUCAAGGCGGUUCCGUAGCCCGGCGCUUCCUCGAGGCCGGUUUCCGGGUCCGCGGCCUGACCCGCAAUCCGGCGUCCGCGGGGGCCGAGAAGCUUUCCGCAGCCGGUGCCGAGGUCGUGGCCGCUGAUCUCAACGACGUCACAACUCUCAAGGAGGCCUUCCGCGAUGCAAACGUCAUCUUCAGCGUCACCAACUACUGGGAGCCCUUCUUCCGCCCUGAUUGUCGAGAGCAGGCUGAAAAGGAAGGCAUCUCUUGCCGGAAGUUUGCUUACAACGUUGAGUACCAGCAUGGUAAGAACAUUGUGGACGCCGCCGCCACGGUGGCCGAUACUCUCGAUCCAAAUGGGUUUCUUGUGUCCACUCUGAGCCACGCGGAAAAGUGCAGCGGCGGGAAGUUCAAGGAGCUUUAUCAUUUUGAUUCCAAAGCCGACAUCUUCCCGGCCUAUGUUGAGGACAAUUACCCAGAACUCGCUGCCAAAAUGUCGUGCAUCCACACGGGCUACUUUUAUACGAGUUUCAAUAUUCUUCCCGAUUUGUAUCUGAACAAGUUGCCAGACGGAAGCUUUGAGAUGGCUUUCACCACGUCCCCUGAAACUUCGACCUUUCAUUUCGACCCAGUCGGUGAUAUGGGAAAUUUUACAUAUGCCGUUUACCAAAUGCCGCCCGGCAAGGCGUACAUGGCAGAGGGAACGACGUGUACCUGGCCGGAAUGGAUUGAGACCUGGGGUCGCAUCAACAACGUCCCCGUGAGCUACCGCCAGAUUACUCCAGAGGAAAUGAUUGCUGCUACUCCUGACCACGAGGCGGGUGUUGAGGCUGCCUACAUGUUUUCUUACACAUCCGAACCCGGGUACGACGGCGGUAUGAAUCUCUUGACGGCUAAGGAUAUUCAGAGUGCUGGAAUUAAUUGCCCUAUGACAACAUGGGAAGAGUGGGCAAAAAGGCGAGAUUGGUCAGAUAUUCUUAAGAAAUAGUUUAGCAGGGAACGAUCAUGAACAAUACCUAUAUUAGCGAUUAGAUACAAAGCUUGUCAGACUGUAGUAUAAAACCAAUCAAGUCAAACUUGUUCCUCAG